GUAUGGUAGCAUAGUAUGUCAGUAGUGUUUAGACUUAGAAACAUUAAAGAAUUUGAUAUGUAGAUUAUGUGCAAGUUAAUUUAAUAUUUUCGCAUUAUAAAUUGUAAUAUGACGCAGGGUAAUUAAAUUUAAAGAUUGGUUAAUCUCGAAAUGUGGUUGAACUGACUAUCAUUAUCAUUACUAUCGCCGUCUGUAUCACUAGUACUAGUAAUCAGUGAUGAGCAUAGAUUAAAAUUUACUUGUUUAUAUAUAUCUUAAGUUUCAACGUUUUUUUACGGUAGCGAUAUGAUGAUUAUAUGACAGAGGGCGGGCUUACGUUAAUUUGUAUUAUUGUUAUAGAAAAUGAUUUUAAAAAUAUAUAAUUGAAUAUUCAAUAUCAAGCGAUGUGUGAAAAUGAAGAAGCAGUUUUUCAGAGUUAAACAAAUAGCAGAUCAAACCUUCCUUGGGGCAGAGAAAACUGAAGUUUUGACAGAGGACCUGGUUAGUGCUGAGAAACGUGUAGAACUAAUUAAACAGUCAUGUCAAAACAUUGCAAAGAAAGCAGCAGGAUGUUUGGAAAGUGGAGGAAUGGAUCUUUUAGGUCCAGAAAAAAGACUGAAAAAGCUGAAGGAGAUUGUAUUAUCCCAGUGCAUGUUAGAGAGCAGUGGACUUCUGGGAGAAACUUCUAUUUUAGGCAUUAUCUUUGGGAAAAGUGCUUCACUCCAAGAAAAAUUAGGAAAAGAAAUACUGCAGUAUGAAAUGAGUGUUGAAGAACACCUUUUAACACCCAUUGGAGAGUUUCUCGAGAAUGAUAUUCCUAACAUCAGCAAGUUGAGAAAACAUUUGAACAAAUUAACAUUAGACAUGGAUUCAGCACGGUCUAGGUAUCAGACGGCCAUUCGACACAGCAACCAACAAACAGGAGGGGGAUUAAACAAUGCAGCAGCCAAAGCAGAUGUUGUGAAGGAAGAAUUAGAAGAUGCUUCACUGAAAGUAGAGCAGUGUAAGGAUAACUUAGCAGCAGAGAUGUAUGCACUUCUUAGAAAAGAACCUGAAUUUGCCAAACUGUUUGUAGACUGGUACAAGUUUCAAGCAAAUUAUCAUCACAAAAUGUUGAAUAUUUUAGAAGAGUGUAUCCCUUCAUUGGACAGCGUUAUUAGUGAGUAUCCGUUUACUUUCAUUAAACACGGUCUCUUUAGAAUAGCUGGAAGUGCAUUGAAAGCGAAAAAAUUGAAAAAUUCCUUUGAUGCUGGUAUUAUAUUUGACUUGGUAGAGUAUGCUCGAGAUCCUCACUGUGUUGCAGGAGCUCUAAAGUCUUAUUUGCGUGAACUACCUGAACCUCUCUUGACCUUUGAUCUUUACGAAGAAUGGACAAAUGCAGCUAAAACAGUUGAUCCAGAGGCGAGGCUUCAAGCACUGUGGCAGGUACUGUUGCGUUUACCUGAAGCCAACCAUAACAAUCUAAGGUACAUCAUUAAAUUUCUAGCAAAGUUAGCUACCAAUUCUGAUGUAAACAAGAUGUCACCUCAAAAUAUAGCCAUAGUCUUUGCUCCUAACCUUAUCUGGGGACCUGAUCAGGUCUCCAUGCAGUUUAGUAUGAACAUGUCAGUUGCCAAUGUGCACAGCAUCAUUGUUGACUCCUUGGUAAGCCAUGCUGAUUGGUUCUUCCCUGGAGAAAUACAAUUUUAUGUUACAUCACCACCAGUUUCAGUAGAUUCAAGUAAAAACUUAGCACCAGACAACCAGCAAAAGUACCCAGCAUGUAACGGAGACUUGGAUUCAGACCAAGGAGGAAGCUUGCCUGACAGUUUAACUACAAGUCCAGUAACUAACAGUCCAAAACCUACACAUCGACCAAGCAAGAAACCUGCUCCUCCAACUCCUGGUGGUCAGCAAAUUGAAAGUAUUGGAGUAUCAGAAAGAACAAUAUCUCAGAACCACGAUGAACAUUCCCAUAUUCACUGUGUGCCACCCACUUCUUUUGAGAAGCUUUCAAAGUCUGAAAACAUUGAUCUGGCAACAUCGACAGUCUUACAAAAGGUCGUUGAACCUUCGGGAAAACCAGAGUGCCCUUUCAUCGUGCAGUCACAUGAAAAUAUGUCUGGUAAUGUUAUAGAUAAAGUUCCUCUGACCAGGAUCGAAAAACCUGAGAAACCAGAAAAGCCAACUAAGUUGUUAUUGUAUUCUACCAAUUCUUUAGAUCAUAAACGUAAAUUAUGGAAAGGAGAGAAGCCACCAUUAGCUCCUCGUCACACAAAGUUAAGUAAUCAUACUGAGAAAUCGAGUGUUCCUCUUCCUGGUAUUUCCCUGAGAAAUCACAUAAGUCCUAUUGAGAAAUUCUCUUCAGCACCUCCUGAAAAACCAAGCAAACCAGAAAAACUGACAAAACCAGUUAAAUUUUCUGAAUCUUUCAAGCAAUUGUCACAGCCUGAAGAUGAUGAGAAAAAUUCCAGUCACAAGUUUUUGUUCCGAGAAACAGUAACAAAAAACUUGGCAGAAUCAAAAGUGCUGCUAGUUAAAAAUUCAAGCAGUAAUGAAGAGGACACAUUAAGACCGUGUGAACAUGAAGGUGCAGACAAAAGUGAAAAACUGAGAUUUUUUCAGUUGCAGAAGAGUAACUGUGAAGAUUUAAAAAUUGCUGAAACAGUAUCUCAAGAUGUGAAAACCACUGGUUCAGGACAUGCAUCCAAACAGAAUAGAUGGAGCUUCCUUACAUCCCAUUCAGCUGAAAAAACACCAGAGAAGCCACCUCGCAUUAUUCCACCAUCCAAUGAAACUAGUAACAAAGACUGGGAUUUAACUGAUUCUCCUAGUGACUUAGAAGAGACUAAGACUUGUUUUGACCUCUCUUGCCAAAAACCGAACCACCAGAACGCCCAUCUCGAAGCAUUCAUGUUGAACCAGAAGUUUCAGUUAAUCAGUCUGUUGAAAAACCAUACUGCACAAUUAUCCAUAUUGGAGGGUCAGAAAGCACAAAAGUGUUAUCUUCCCCUAGUUUUAUACGUAGCAAACCACCCCGUCCUUUGCCUCCGGUCAAACCCAAGGUUAACAUUGUCAAUAAAGACUCUCAUCUGUAGGCUAUCUUUACAGCAUUUGCUUCAAACUAAAACAUGUAGAACUAGAUAUCACUGGCAGCUUACAAAAACCGAUUUUUUUCUGAGUUACCGUAGUGUAGCAGUGAUCCUUCUUCGUGCCUUACAAUAUUCUAGUUUGUUGUUUUGUCUCAAGAAAACUUAUAAAAGUUAUUUCAAAUCUAGUAGAGUUAAUGAUCAUACAGUAAAGUUUUAUAUAUUAUUAUUCUUUCUCUUGAGGCAUCUAUUCAAAGUGCUUCUGCAAAAUUAACAAAAAAAAAAAACAGCUUAGCUUUGUGGGAAAGUAAAACUUGAAGUGAUGUUAAACAUAAUCAUAGGGAAACUAGUUUUAUUUUGAAGCAGUGCUUUAUGAUAGAAACAGUUGUUCAUUCAAACUAGCAUAGCAAUAACUUGGGUUGAAAAGUGACCUGUUGAUCGAUACUAAAAAAACAAAAGAGUAGUGUGAAAUAUAAUUUUCUGUCAGUGUUGAUAAAAUGAGUUAAGCCCCUGGUUUGGAUAACGUAUAUCUGUAAAAAUGAACAAGUUUUUCUUUUUGGACUGAACCAGUUCCUAUAUGAAUUUUUCUUUAUUUUAUAGUCAAAUAUUGAUGAUACAUGCUUAUUAUUUUUUCAAAAGUUUAAUAAUAGAUACAAAACCUUGUUUAAAUAAACUAUUUAAUAAUUACUCAACUGAAAAGUAUACUUUAAAUCUUGAACUGAUGGUAAGCAGUGUCAGUGAAAACAUGACUUAGGUGUAAAGCCAUGGGCACAAGCAUACUGAAUUGAUUAAACAAGUAAGAACUUACUCAAUAACCCCUAUUCUCCAGUACUUAAUACUUACUUUUAUAACAGACAGUAACCCCUCAAAAUGUGUAAAGGAUCACAUUUCAUAACAUAUUCCAUAAAUCCUCAAAUGAAAAUACUUUUCUGAGCCUGGUGCCCAUGGCUUUUUUUGUUUGAACUUUGGAGCUGUUUUUAAAUGUACGGAACACCUUUAUGUCGGAUGUGUACGUGUAAACAAAACACAUUAACAUAUGUACUAACUUAAUAUAACAUCUGAAGAACAAAUAGAUAUAAACAUACCAUCUUAAAAUUCUUCUAAUUAUGUAAAUAGAUGUGUUAUUAAUUUUGUGAAUUUGUAGUGGUGUGAUCACAAGGAAAUGAUGCUUCAAACAAUAAAUUGUACAUUGUCAUUGUGUAAAGAUGUACCAUACAGAAUAAUAUUGUAACUGUUCCUAAAGAAACAUGCAUGUGAGAUAUAUAUUGAGAAUACUCCACUAUUUUCAACACUGACUAAGGAAAGUUUGUAAAUGUUUUAAACUUCAAAAACCUGAAUAGUUAUGUGCUGUAAAAUCUUGGAAAGUGCAUUGAAGGUUCUAGACCAAUGGUUCCCAACCUUUUCACUAACAAGCACCCCUUUUAUUAUUAUUUUUUCCCCCACGGACCCCAUGUUUUUGAAAUAUUCCGUCUGCCCAACAAACUGUUUUUAUUAACUAAUAAUUAACUCGUUUUUCACUUUGAAGUAAAAGACAUAUAACUGAGUGUGCAAUUAACAGCAGUGUCAAAAAAUUUACUUGUUUAAUGAGAUUGUAUUAUCUUUGCAGACUGUAGAUGGCAGAUAAGGUUCCGAGUGUUUAAUUCAAGAAAAGAAAGUGUGUAAGGAUUUCAAAUAUUCAAUAGGUUCUGAAAUUAUUGCAAUUUUUUCGUACCUUCCUUUGUUUUCUUGGUCUUUGCUUCAUGAUGUCUUUGGCCUUGAUUUGCAUAUUGAUGUUAACUUUUCAUAAGUUUGUUUUAAAUCAAGAACCCAUCCCAAACAUCCUAUUCUGUUGAAUUUUAAAAACAUGUUGUAUAUAUAUAUAUUUACUUAUAAGCAAGUUGUGAGCCCAGGAGUGUUUUGAAUCAGUUUUCUUUCUGAUAAAAGGGUUAGCACACAGAAUCACUACAGAAAAGGUGUAAUAAAUUAAAAAAAUAAGACCCAAAACUCUCAACACUUUUGAACAGUUGGCUAUUCUUCAUGAGGGUAAAGAAUAAUAAUAAUAAUAAACUACUUGAAAGCGCUCGAGUUUCGGGACUUUUUCUGAUAUUCGUUGUAGUAGUUUAAUCUCAUACAAGUUAUACACGUGAAGUUCUUCCAAAUGUAAGAUUUCAUAGCUGAGUAUCAAUACAGACAGAUUUUCAUAAUCUAUUUUGAAUUAACAAGUGUAAACAAAACGUAAAAACACAUCCCCCGUGUAUUAUUUAGUUUUGAUUAUUUAAGUGUAAACAAAACGUAAAAACACAUCCCUCGUGUAUUAUUUAGUUUUGAUUAUUUAAG